AUGGCUGCGACCAAGACUUUGACGGCUUCGUGCCACUGCAAUAGUGUCCAGUUUACUGUCACCAUACCCACCGAAUGCCUUCCCUUGAAUGUACACUUGUGCCACUGUAGCGUCUGUCGCUACACCCACGGCACACCAUGCAGCUUCCAUGCACCACUGCCAUCUGGCGUGGAGCUUCAGUUUAUUGCGCCAUCCAGCCUCGAGAAACUAACUAGUUAUCAACACCCAGCAUCAAAAGCGACAGGCUACUUCUGCAGUACUUGUGGUUGCCAGAUUGGAGGAUUCGAUAGCCAAUGGACAAUCUCUACCGCAAUUUUCGACGCCAAUAGAGAAGAUGAAGGAAUCUGGAAGUUCAACGCCCAUAUGCUUCCGAACUCUGCGCCGGACGGAGGACUAGCAGCUGUUUUUUCGGACAUUGACGGACAUAAAUUGCAGACCGAAAAUCUAGGUCUAUCUCCGCAGGCUAUAGCUGGCAGCGAUUCUCAGCCACCUAAUCCCGAAAGCAAAGAGCUCCUCGCGCAAUGUCAUUGCGGCGGAGUGUCUUUCAGCAUUGCCCGACCCAGUGAGGAAUUCAUCGCAAGCCCUGCAAGCAAAGGAUGGAUUUCACCCUUGGACGAGAGCAAGUGGCUUGCAAGUAUGGAUCUCUGCGACGACUGUCGAUUGGUUAAUGGCACGCAUGUCAUCAGUUGGAUGUUUGUAUCGCUUGAUCAUAUCACGCCGCGUCUGCCGGAGGAUUUAUUGAUCGGAUCUGCGAAGGGCUAUCGCUCCACGAAAGAUGUUCUCCGAGUAUUCUGCGGCACAUGCGGCGCAACUGUCUUUUACCAUUGCGAUGACCGACCGAAUAUUGUAGAUGUGGCGAUGGGCAUACUGCGCGCCCCUGAAGGCGCUAUGGCUGAGAACUGGAGCGUGUGGAGAGCUGGGCGACCGUCAUGGCCGGAGAACGGAAUGCGAUAUCAUGCUGGAUUUAGUCGUGCGCUGAUCGAGGGAAUGAAGCAAUGGGGGGCUGAACGGGGGCAUCCACAGGAUUUUAAGCUGGCAUAA